AUGUCUGGCCUGAUUUCACAUGCCCGCAAUGUCCUUGCCGCGAUUGGCAUUCUCACUGACAAUCCACCAACUCCCCUCACAAGUCUAUUCAGCAAUCUGCCGAAUUACCAUCGAAUUCUGAUUAGCGGUCUUGAUGGCACUGGAAAGACAGCUCUCCUUGAGAAACACAUGGUGUCCAAUCACAAACAUAUUUCACGAUUCACUGUCUUUACAUGUCUCCAUAUCGAUACCUACAGAUGCAGCAACGUUACCUUUCAUGUCAUGGAUGUAGGCGGAGGUCGGCCGAGUGGACACCGUAGGAUGGAGACAAGAUUCUUCAAUCAAGCGAAUGCAGUCAUCUGGGUCUUUGAUGCAGAUGAUCAUGAUUACCUUAUCGAGUCGAGAGAAGAGUUGGUUCGCAAGAUUGCACAUGAAGCUGGUGUACAGAAGGAUAUACAACUCCUCAUACUGGCCAACAGUCGUAAUCACACCGACAUGGAAAAUAUGGAUAGUGUAAGAAAGCGCUUCUUUGGAAAAACGCCGACUUCACUCAGUGACCGAUCAUAUGCAUUCUUUGGUACAAAUAUUGAUACAGGAGAUGGUUUGCAAGAAGCUUUCAAAUGGCUGCGUGAAAGCAUUGAGACCAUGGACAAUAACAAUGCUACAACGACAAACACGAAAGUCUUGAGUGUUGAGGAGGAGGCCAUCAUGAUCAUGGGGUAUAAUCAAGGUCACAAGUCUGAUCGGCCUUCGGCUGCGCUCACAGUCGUUCACCAAUACACAUAUAUGAAGUUCUUCUACCUCGCCUUAACACUGCUGCCAGCAGUAAUGGCCAGCGAAAAUGAACCGGUUCACAAGUUUAACUAUUUCAUCGAACACCCCGAAACGGGCCACAAUGAGAACGUCCAAGGGAAGGAUGAAUACCAUAUUUGGCACAGACAAGGAACGACUCAGUCCCCUGAAAAGUGGGAGAUGGAGAGGAACGGCAAGCUGAAGGGACCCAAGAUUUUUGUUCCCAAUCCAAGCUUCGAGAUGAAUAUAGGUAAGCCGUGGCACAUAGUGGGCGAUGGUGUUGAGGUUGUUGAAGAUGAAUCGCUGUCUCGCAAAGGCAAGAAUUCCCUGUUGUUUACUAUCACCAAACCAGACCAACGACCACAAGUCUGGUCUGUCCACCUCACAGAAGUAGAACCACUCAUGGUCUACUAUCUGACAUUCCACUACCGGAUCGUCCAAAUGGAGGGGGUCGGACCAAAACACCAAUGCUUCAUCUUAAUGCAACUAGACGACCUCGGAGUAGAAUUUCCCUUCUUCGUCGACCCCCAUGUUGAUCCAAGAAUUGUCGUUCCCAACCGCUACAAGAAGGUCACUGUACCAAUCGGUCCCUCGGUGGGAAUAACACCCCUGGUCAUUUCUGUUGUCUGUGAAAAGGGUAUCGGAUUGGGCAAGUCCGUCAAGGUUUCCAUCGAUGAUAUCAGGCUUGAGAAGGGCGAGGGAGUGAGCGAGGAUUGGGAUUUCAACACGCCGCGAGAGAAGUACAGAUACUUUGAACAAAAUCUACAGGAGCCCGACCACUUCCGGAAGGAUACCUUGAAGCCUGAGUAUGAGAAGACAAAGGUUGACUCGAUUCAAUGUACGGGGACCAAGGGCAACUUUUGUCAGGUCAAGGGUGUGCGGCCUGAGGAAGAUAUUAUAGAUAACAACUAUGAUCUGAAUGAUGCCAUGUCGGGUCGUCAUGUUGCAGACAUGUAG